AUGUCGGGAGCAACUGCAUUGUUUGGAAACACGGCUGGUAGAAAUCAGUCUAAAAAUCUUGUAGAGUUUAAAGCUGGGAAAAUGAACAUGAGAGGUAAAAUGGUGUACCCUGACAAAAGAAAGGGAUUAUUAUACAUUCAUCAAUCAGAUGACUCUUUGAUUCAUUUCUGCUGGAAAGAUCGUACAUCAGGUGUUGUUGAAGAUGAUUUAAUAAUUUUCCCCGAUGACUGCGAGUUUAAGUUUGUACCACAAUGUACUACUGGAAGAGUUUAUGUGCUGAAAUUCAAGUCAUCAAACAAAAAGUCAUUUUUUUGGCUACAGGAAGCAAAAACUGAUAAAGACGAUGAAAACUGUCGCCGUAUCAAUGAUGUCAUGAACAACCCUCCAGCACCUGGUUCAAAUCGUAGUGGAGGCACUACCCCUGAUGGUGAUUUGCAAAAUUUACUAAGCAAUAUGUCUCAACAACAAUUAAUGCAGUUGUUUGGGGGAGUUGGUCAAAUUGGGGGCUUGUCAUCUUUGCUUGGUACAAUGAGAUCUAGUCAAACAGGGCGCUCAUCAUCAUCAACUCAUUCAUCUAGUGCUCAACCUGCAAAUACCAGCACCACUACAAAUACAAGCAGUGGCAGUAAUCGAACAACUACCACUAGUAGUUCUCCUCCUCCUACAAGUAGUGUUACCACAGGACCUACAGAAAGCCAAGAACAAAGAGCCACAGGCAUACAACUGAGAGACCUUCAAUCUAUGUUAUCUGGAUUGACUGGUGGUCAAGGAACAACUGAAAAACCACCAGUGGAUCUGUCAGCUGCUAUGGAUAUGGAAAAUUUACAAAGUGUUAUCGAAAAUACAAGUGCAUUGAGUCAGUUAGCACAACAUUUACCAACAUCAGAAAGUGCUUCAGAUUCAACACCAACAAGUCAAACGACACCUGAUAAUCUGAAAGAUACAAUUACUUCCCCACAGUUUAGACAAGCUGUAAGUAUGUUUAGUAAUGCUUUACAAACUGGGCAACUAGGAUCUGUGGUUCAACAGUUUGAUUUAGGAGAAGGAGCAGUAAGUGCAGCUAAUCAAGGAAACAUGGAAGAAUUUGUACGAGCUCUUCAACAAGCAAAUAUUAGUGCUGAAGAGUCAGAUGACGCUUGUCCAAUAAAUCCAGAAAAACGCAAAAAACCAGACAAUGAUGAUAUUGGGUCAAAGUAA